AUGGCAAAGCGUUACCAGCCAGGUGAAGGUAUGGUGGGAGAUGAUGAAUUAGCCUAUGACAAUGAACUUCAACCUCAUCUUGGCCAUCUUCAGUUUGACAAUGAAGGAUUUACUGCAUUUGAUUUUGACAACCCGGAAAAUAAUGAUAUUGUACAACAGUCCUCUGUCAAGGUUGAAAUUCAGUCAGAGGUCAAGUUGAAUCAAGGUCAAGCUGUCGGUCCCAGUGCUGAACCAAAUGGUAGUGCUAACAGUGAGCCGUCUGUGACAAUUUUGACAUCUUCAUCAAAUCAAAAUGGGAAUGCUCAAUCAGAAAAUACUCCAGUUCAUUAUAAAAGCUCUUCAGAAUCAACGACAAAAUCAAAUGGAACCAAUAAAGACCGUCGUGUAAUCCAAACAGCCCAUAUCCAGGAAACGGAAAGAUGGAGAGACUUUGAGCGUCAGCGUCCAUUGCGACAACGCCAUAUCAUGUUGUUAAAAGUUUUUGGAAUUAUUGCUUGUCUGUUUUUCUUUCCAACAGGUAUACCAGCAGUGUAUUAUGCUUUUAAAACUGAAAAAGAAUUUGAUGAAGGAAUUAUGCGUGGAAACAUUGAUGAGGCACAGAGAUGUGCAAGAAAAUCUGAGAGAUUUAUCAUAUUUUCUGGACUGUUGGCAAUUCUGACUGCUGUCAUUAUAUUUGCUGUAGUAGAGAGAUCACUGAUGGAUGAACAAGCAUAUUGGGAAAGUCAUAGUUCUAGUCGUGUUCUACCACCAUAA